GAUGUGUCACCGAAAUAUUUUACGCAAGAAACACUCGAUGUAUGUGCAACGCCAACUUUAGUAACUAGUACAGUACAUUUGAGAACAAGGGCUACUAGUUCAACUUCAUUGUUGCAAAAUAAUUGGGUAGAACAAACAUUCAAGAAACGUGAAUGCAUCCAGUUUAUACCAAGUAAUCGAUGUGCUGAUAAAUGUGGUUGUGGAAGGUUGAAACGAAAUCACGUGUCAAGUCGACAAUGCUCAACAUCAUGGAAUACUCCAUCAACUGAAAGGAUUCUAAAUGCGACCAGAAGCGAUGAGGAAGCUGAACCGGAGAUGACUGGUUGCGAAAGUGAGGUUGGAUUAUCAAGUAAACUUGCCAAAACUAAUGAGAAAUGGACAAUAAGGAAGCAUACAGCUUUAUUCCCAACCGAUGCUUAUGGUACAAUUGAAUUUCAAGGUGCACCUCAUCCGUAUAAGGCGCAGUAUCUGAGAUUGACAGUCGAAUCAAAUCCAGCUGACAUUAUGGAUUUAUUCGAAACGGUCUGGAAUGUUCCAGCUCCAAAAUUAAUUAUAACAGUUCAUGGAGGCAUGACAGAUUUCGAUUUGCAACCAAAAUUAGCACGAGUGUUUCGUAAAGGUUUAUUGAAGGCAGCGAAAACUACGGGUGCAUGGAUUAUUACGGCAGGUAUCAAUGCCGGUGUAGUUCGUCAAGUUGCAGCAGCAGUUGAUGGUUCGGGUAGUGUUUCACGAGUUCGUUCCAAAAUAGUCACCAUUGGUAUUGCUCCGUGGGGUUUACUGAAGAAGAGAGACAGCCUUCUAGGACAAGAUGCAGUUGUUCCAUAUCAUCCACAUUCCUUCUCUCCUAAAGGACGAUUUGCUGUACUGAAUAAUAGACAUUCAUAUUUUCUACUUGUUGAUAAUGGUACUAUAGGACGUUAUGGGGCUGAUGUGAUACUGAGGAAAAGGCUGGAAUCAUAUAUUUCUCAAAAACGAACGCUUGGCAACGGAACACGAAGCGUUCCGGUUGUCUGCGUUGUUCUGGAAGGUGGAACUUGUACAAUUAAAGCAGUUUACGAUUGUGUUUGUAUGUCACCACGAGUUCCAGUUGUCAUCUGUGAUGGCAGUGGUCGGGCAGCUGAUUUGUUAGCAUUUGCGCAUCAGUACGUGCAGGAAGAUGGACAGUUACCCGAAGGUGUCAAGCCUCAACUGUUCAGUUUAGUCCAAUAUGUAUUUGGUUAUGAUACUAACGCAGCUGAAAAACUUCUAGAACAAUUGAUGAUGUGUGUCCGUCAAAGACAUUUGAUAACAAUUUUUCGUUUGGGUGAAGAUCAGAAACAAGAUGUCGAUCAUGCCAUAUUAACAGCUUUAUUGAAAGAACAAAAUUUAUCACCACCGGAUCAGCUUGCAUUGGCAUUAGCUUGGAACCGUGUUGACAUAGCACGAUCAGACAUAUUUGUGUUAGGACAGGAUUGGCCAAAGACAGCUCUUCAUAAUGCAAUGAUGGAAGCUUUAAUAAAUGAUCGGGUUGAUUUUGUUCGUUUAUUGCUUGAAAAUGGCGUUAGUAUGGGUAAUUUUUUGAGCAUUGGACGGUUGGAAGAAUUAUAUAAUACGGAUAAAGGACCGCCUAACACACUGUUCUACAUAGUACGAGAUGUGGUCAAAAUCCGUGACGGAUAUCGUUAUCGCCUACCUCAUAUUGGUCUUGCAAUUGAAAAACUUAUGGGCUAUGCGUACAAAUCGUCGUACACAACGGAACCUUUUCGUUCUAAAUAUCUUCUUUAUAGGAAUAAAUUGAAGAAACUUCGGAAACAGAAUCAGGAUAGCAUUCGGGACUCUUUAGCAUCCGAUGGCUUUGUUACACCAGUAACAAGUCCGGAUAAUCUUGGCACGGAUGCUGUCUUAGCUGCAUAUUCUGGAAAUCGCGCACUGAAUCAUCACAUAUUAUGGCGCUCAAGGCGAGAUAAUCCAGCAAGUAAUUUUGGAUUAAUGGCACUACCGAAACCAACUGCAGUACAGGAAACAGUUACUGAUAUUGAAAAUGAAUCUUUGUGCUCUGAUAUGGAAAAAGGUGUGGAUGAUUUCAAAUAUCCGUUCAACGAGCUUCUUAUUUGGGCUGUUUUAACGAAACGACAAGAGAUGGCACUAUGCAUGUGGCAACAUGGUGAAGAGGCUAUGGCAAAGGCUUUGGUAGCAUGCCGAUUGUACAAAAGCUUAGCAAAAGAAGCUGCAGAAGAUUACUUAGAAGUUGAAAUUUGUGAAGAAUUAAAGAAUCAUGCAGAGGAUUUCCGCAAACUUUCACUUUCACUGUUGGAGCAUUGUUACCAUCAUGACGAUGCACAAACACUUCAGUUGCUUACUUAUGAAUUAAUUAAUUGGGGGAAUGAAACGUGUCUUUCAGUUGCUGUAAUGGUCAAUAAUAAACAAUUUUUGGCGCAUCCAUGUUGUCAAAUUCUAUUAGCUGAUUUGUGGCAUGGUGGCCUAAGGAUGCGAAGUCAUUCCAAUCUAAAAGUGUUGUUUGGUUUAUUCUGUCCACUGACCAUAUUCUUGCUGGAAUUUAAGUCACGCGAAGAAUUGCUGCUGCAACCGCAAACUGCAGCAGAGCAUGAAAAUGAUCUGAAUGAUAGUUCCAGUUCUAGUUCUAGUUCUGGGACUGAUUCGUCAUCGGAUUCAGAUUUCAGUUCGGAUGACAAUCUUCAAGAUACUGAGCAAGAUGGAGAAAGGCGAAGAAGUUCAACAGAAAGUAUACAGUCAAUUAAUUUAGCUGGGAGUAGACGAAAACGUGCUGCUCGACCUCACCUCAAAGAUGGUAUUUCUAUGCCAAAUGGCGGAAAUAUGACAACACCACAUGAAAUUAUUGAAAUUGAAAAUGUUAACGCAUUAGCUGUAACUAAUGGUACAGCAAUUUUAAGAAUCAAAUUAAUGAGGCAUUUGAUCAAUUGA